UGCCUCCCACCGGCAAAGCUCAACCGCCAGGCCCAAGUGGGGCGGCCCCAAUUGCCAACGCGUCCGCGAAGCAGACGCAGCAGGCACCAGCCGCACCACUCCCCCACCGCAGGCAGACCGCAGGAGCGACCGAGAGGGACGCGCACCAGCAGAUCCCAAGCUCACCGGCGAGGAGGAGCAGACCGGCGGCGGCGAUGGGUUUCAUCAUGGAGUUCGCGGAGAACAUGAUCCUCCGUAUGAUGGAGGACCCGGACAAGCGCGACCAGGUGCGGCGGGAGCACGUCUACCGGAUGAAGGAGCGGUGCGAGCGCACCAAGGCGGCGUGGAGCCUCCCGCUCCGCCCCUACGGCUUCUGGACCUUCGACCGCUUCAACUCCCAGCUCUCCUGGGACCCCCAGAUCAGCCAGGCCGCAGGCCGCCGCGACCCCUACGACGACCUCAUCACCCGUCACUCCGGCAGCCCGCCGUCGUCCUGAACGCCCGUGCCGAUAUCUUUUGCCAGGAAGAUCUACUUGGGCAAGCAAUAAGAAACUGAUUCUGAUCCCUUUCUUUUCUGUUGGAAAAUAUUAUCACCGAACCACCCUACUUUCUGUUUCAGUUUGGCAUGGAAGCAGAAGAUGUUGUGUGCUUCCAUUCUAAAGUUGUUGUCUUUGUAUUAUGAAUUGUUUCAAUAAUUUUACAAAGCACUUAUUUGCCUAUACUAUGUGGGAAACCCUUCCAAUGACUAGAGGCAUCUUGUCCUAUAUUUGCUGGAGGGUUUUACUGUCUUUGUAUUAUGAAAUGCUUGAGUAA